AUGGGGCAGCACAUGUUGAACGAGGGCCACGUGACAGCCUGGCUCAGUUGCUUUGACUCUACAGCUGACGAGAAAAUGAGGCUGGCUGAGUGUUUGGUGGAUCUCUUCCUGGACGGCAUUAGCAGCGACUACUAUCCUCAUGAGGACUGGCAGGCCAUCUUCGGCGUUGCAAUGUCUGAGACAAGAACGCCUCAACCUACGUCGAUGAGAAUUGGCGACUUGGUCUUUUGCUGUUGGUGUGAGCUCUACAGGAACAGGCGGUUCACGAAGCAUGCGCUGCUCAAUGCCAUCCUGCAGCAUCGACUGCCGCGGUCCUUCAAAGUGUGGGUUGAGGAAGCUUUGGCAGGCAAGCUGCACUGGUCUGCCUACUUACAGGCACUCGCAGCUCGAGAUGCCUGGGAACGAGUUCCGUGGGACUACCUCAGCCUCAGCAAGCUCGCGCAAGCUUCAUCAGCGCCAUCGUUCCCAGCUGCACCUGCCUCGUCGGCGUUGCUCAGGAAGAAGCUUCAAGUCGUUUGGAUCAAGGUUCCGCAAGAUCCUUUUGCUGAUCACACAUGUGCAUCUGCUGUCAAGCAAGACCUGUUGGUCCAAAGGCCAGCAACAUGGAGUGUGAUGCAGGACUUCGUGGCAAGAAGCCGUUGGAUUCGAUUCAGAUGUGAGCUGUUAUUACUGCUUGGUGAGAACAUUGCCCUCUACGCAGAGCCAUCGAAGUCCCACUACCCGUCAGGCGAUUUGAGGAUUCGAAAGAAUCCAGCCGCCACCCUCCUCAAUUUUGGCAAGGAUGUUUCGUCAAUGGAGGCCAUCUGUGGAAAGGCUCUCCUUGUUCGACCGGAUGGCACUGACCUUCUAAAGGAGACCGUGGAGAAAGCAUGCUUCUUCAUUGACCUCUUGUAUGAAUUAUCAGAGAGUCAAGAGGGAAUUCAACUAUCCCCGAACCAAAGCAUCCGAGAAGAGCAGAUUGAGAAAAUGCGCCAGGAGUGGCGACAAACGGUGCACAUGGCUGCUGCGAGUUGGCCUGCAUACCAAGUAGGCGAUGCCCUGAAUCAAGAUGGAACGCUCAAGACUGACAGGCCUGCAGUCCCGCAUUCCGGCUCCGAAGAACUACCGGCGGACCAUGCUGAACCACCAGAGAUGUCUGCUCCAGUUGCAGGCAGUGUUCCUCUGUCGCAUCCCUUGCCUCUCAGAAACCAACUCGCAACGACAUUCAAGUUGGUCCGCCUGAAGUUCUCGCGCAAUCCGACUCCUUUUCACGAGUGCUUGCAGCGCUGCAAGGAGCUUGAUGCCUGUCGAGGGGCUCUGGCAGAUGCUGGCUUCCAGUGGAGACUUCACAGUGGUGCAUAUAUCUUCGUUCCUGUGGAUAUGCAUGCGGCUGUUCAGGAUCAGAUCGAGGAGGAAGGUCUUAUUCUUGGUCCUGCAGAUGUGUUGGUUAGCGAAGAGUUGGAAGGUGCUGUGACAGGCGCAAUUUGCUGCCUGCCUCGGAAGCACAAGGUCAAUGUUGAAAGCCGCCAGGCGUCCACACUUCCAGCUCAACAGUCUGAUCUGACCGCGCAGGAAGAUCCAUUCCCGAUAAAGAUUGAACGCACCUUCAUCCAUGUGAAGAUUCCGAGCUCUCUGCGCACUGAGCCUUCCGAAGGGCCACGUACUGCAUCCAGCACGGAUGCAGACGCCCGGGCCUUGCCUAACCCUCGAAGUUAUGUAAAGCCUCGCUGCCUGUAG